AUGUCGUCAAACCAUGCCAAUCUUGAUGCGGCAUCCACCGACCGCAAAGCCCGGCUCGCCAAGCUCGCAGCUUUGAAGCGCAAGCAACCCGAACCAGAGACACACGAGGCCGGUGCAGAAGACCAGGAGCUGCCCGACGCCGAUUCCACGCCAGACGUGACAACAAAAUAUCUCUCCGGCCGCAACUACGACGCCGAGACCCGUGGACCUAAACUGGGCUUCGAGCAAGGCCCGCAAGAAGGCCAGGUGACGGUGGAAGAACAGGCGGCUGAAAUUGCAAGGGCCACAGCGGAGCAAGCCAAGAAGGAUGCGGGUGCCGACGAACCCAUUGAUCUGUUCAAAUUACAACCUAAGAAACCCAACUGGGACUUGAAGCGCGAUCUGGACGAAAAGCUCAAGACUCUCAAUGUACGGACGGAUAAUGCCAUUGCCCGCCUCUUACGACAGCGGGUAGAGGAGGCGCAGCGUGCUGCGAAGGCACGCGGGGCCAAGUCUGACGGAGAUGGGCAGGGAGAGGAAGUGGGCAUGGAAGGCGAGACACUCAUUGAGGGCAUCCAUAUGCGCGAACGAGAGGAAGAGAAGAGCGACGAAGAAACGAUUUGA